CUCUUCUCUACUUCCAAGCUAAAACCAACAAACUUCGAUCUCUCUCCCAAAACUUCUUCUUCAAUCUAGUUCUAGACACGCAGACAUGGGUUUGAAAGGAUUCGUUGAAGGCGGCAUAGCUUCGAUCGUCGCCGGCGCUUCCACUCACCCUCUUGACCUGGUCAAGGUCCGCAUGCAGCUUCAAGGAGGCGAACCCCAAGUCCCAAAUCCCGCCCUACACCCCGCCUAUCGCCCUGCGCUUGCCGGAAACUCCACCGGAUUGUGUAACGGGUCUCUACACGUUGCACCACCGCCUCGCGUUGGACCCAUCUCUAUCGGCGCCAGAAUCGUCCAGACCGAAGGCAUGGCCGCUCUCUUUUCGGGAGUCUCCGCCACCGUCCUCCGCCAAACACUCUACUCCACCACCCGCAUGGGGCUGUACGACAUUCUUAAGCGUAAAUGGACUGAUCAUAAUUCAGGUUCGGACUCGGGUAAUAAUUUGCCCCUCACUCGCAAGAUAUACGCCGGCCUUAUUGCCGGAGGCGUAGGCGCCGCCGUCGGCAAUCCCGCCGACGUGGCAAUGGUCCGAAUGCAAGCCGAUGGGCGCCUCCCCAAGGACCAGCGCCGGAACUACAAGAGCGUGAUUGACGCGAUUAGUCGAAUGUCAAAGCAGGAGGGAAUCGCGAGCCUGUGGCGUGGUUCGGCUCUUACAGUGAACCGGGCGAUGAUCGUGACGGCGUCGCAGCUGGCAUCAUAUGAUCAGGUGAAGGAGACGAUCUUGGAGAGGGGUGUGUUGAGCGAUGGGAUUGGAACCCACGUGGCAGCAAGCUUUGCAGCCGGGUUUGUGGCUGCGGUGGCGUCAAACCCGAUCGACGUGAUCAAGACAAGGGUGAUGAGCAUGAAGAUGGAGGCAGGGGCGGCGCCGCCUUACUCCGGUGCGUUGGAUUGUGCGAUGAAGACAGUGAGGGCAGAGGGGCCGAUGGCUUUGUAUAAGGGUUUCAUCCCUACAAUCUCAAGGCAGGGUCCAUUCACUGUUGUGCUCUUUGUCACACUAGAACAAGUCCGGAAGCUAUUCAAGGAUUUAUGAUCAUGGAUGGUGGGGUUGAAAUACUGAGAUUAGAAUCAAAUUACAUGAACAAAGAUAGAACAUUUUUUAUCUACUAAUGUAAUUUAGUAGACUAUUAUACUGUAACAGUAAAAAUUAAUCAUUGAAAUUUUUUUUUUCUUUAAUUUUUAUUUUAAACGUGUUAAUUUGAGGAUUGAUUUUUAAAUACAAUUACUAUUUUUAAUUUC